AUGGCUUCUACCUUUUUCAACAACAAGGCGCGCGCCGCCGCCGCUGCCUCGAGUAGCUCAAAGCCCAAGGUCGGCGAAGCCAAGGAAGAUAACGUUCGUCAGCAACCCUGGGUUGAGAAAUAUCGACCCAAGACACUUGAUGACGUCGCUGCUCAAGACCACACCACCAAAGUGCUCCAGCGCACCUUGCAAGCUUCCAAUCUUCCCCAUAUGCUCUUCUAUGGCCCCCCAGGAACAGGAAAAACCUCCACCAUCCUCGCCCUCGCCAAGUCCCUCUUCGGCCCCGCCCUCUACCGCUCCCGCAUCUUGGAACUGAACGCCUCAGACGAGCGAGGCAUCGGUAUCGUCCGUGACAAGGUCAAGAACUUUGCCCGUGCCCAACUCUCCCAGCCAACUGGCCUCGACGCCGCCUACCGCGCCCAAUACCCCUGUCCGCCCUUCAAGAUCAUCAUCCUCGACGAGGCGGACAGCAUGACCCAGGACGCGCAGUCCGCACUCCGUCGCACGAUGGAACAGUACAGUCGCAUCACGCGUUUCUGUCUGGUGUGUAACUAUGUUACCCGCAUCAUCGAGCCGCUUGCUAGCCGUUGCAGUAAAUUCCGGUUCAAAUCGCUGGACAACUCAGCGGCUGGGUCGCGGUUAGAGAAUAUCGCGCUUGCGGAGAACUUGACGCUAGAGGAUGGUGUUGUGCCUACGCUCAUCAAGUGUGGUGAUGGUGAUCUGCGUCGGGCGAUUACGUAUCUGCAGAGUGCGGCGCGUCUUGUUGGCGCAACCAAAGCAGAUGCGAAGCAGGCCAACGGAUAUGACGAUGACGAAAUGACAGAUGCGGGCAGUGCUAGCGGCACUAUCACUGUGCGGAGUAUCGAGGAGAUUGCUGGUGUGAUCCCCGAAGAUAUUUUGGAUAAUCUGGUGCAGGCUAUGCAGCCCAAAGGCUCUGGAUCGGCAUACGACGCAGUUUCUAAGGUGGUUACGGGUCUCGUGGCGGAUGGUUGGAGUGCGACCCAGCUUGUUAGCCAGCUAUAUCGUCGGGUUGUGUUCACUGAAGCCAUCCCAGACAUCCAGAAGAACCGGAUCGUCAUGGCCUUUUCAGAGAUGGAUAAGCGACUUGUCGAUGGUGCGGACGAACACUUGUCUGUCCUCGACCUGACGCUACGCAUUGCUGGUAUCAUGCGUAGUGGCUAG